GUGUUGCGACUUAGGUGUUUUUGUCUGGUCUUGUCUGCUCGAGUGAAGGUUCGAGUAUCGCCAUGACUUGUUCCACGGUCUUCGUUGCAGUAAUUGUUUCAUUGCCAUUUUUAAGUAUAAUGGCCACGAACCCUCCGAGUACAUGUCCAUGUUCGGAUCAAUCCCUCUGUGAUCCUGUGACCAGAAAACCAGCAAAAGAGGUAUUUGUAUUUUCUGUUGGUGGGAAGAACUGGAAGAAGUAUGACUGGUCGAAAGUGACGUCUAUUGUAAUGUUCAAUGAUUAUGAUGCAGAGCUAAUGUGCUAUGCACAUUCUAAACAAGUAAAGGUACUUUUAAAAGGUGAUUUUCCUGUUGCUAACCUCACUGAUAUCAAGGCUCGUGAGAACUGGCUCCUGGAUAAAUUACGAAAAGCAGCCGAUUGGCACAUGGAUGGCAUAAAUUUAGAUAUUGAACAACCAAUUAAUGACUCGUCAAUUCAGCAAAAGUUAUUGACGGAUUUGGUGGAACAAACAACAAAAGCAUUUCAUGUGCAGAAUCCACAUUCUCAAGUUACUUAUGAUGUUGCCUGGUCACCAGAUUGUAUUGAUGGGCGUUGCUAUAACUACAAGGCCAUUGCUGAUGCAGUGGACUUUGUAUUUGUGAUGUCAUAUGAUGAACAAAGUCAAAUUUUUGGUCCUUGUAUCGGAAUGGCGAAUUCACCUUACAAUAAAACCGUAAAAGGUGUGGAAAAAUACCUGGAAAUGGGAAUUCCUGCAAAUAAGCUGGUUUUAGGAGUGCCGUGGUAUGGUUACAAUUACCCUUGUCUAAAUGUCACUGAGCAUGAUGUGUGUUAUAUUCCUAAAGUUCCAUUCCGAGGAGCAAAUUGUAGUGAUGCAGCAGGAAAACAAAAAGAUUAUUCUGAAAUCAACAGACUGAUUCAAAAUUCGACAACCGGCAGAAAAUGGAACGAUGAGUACAAAGCCCCAUACUUCAACUACAAGGAUUCAAAACAAGUGUAUCAAGUAUGGUAUGAUGAUCCACAAAGCUUAAAACUGCGAUAUGACUAUGCCGAGAGUAAAAAGUUGCUUGGUGUUGGAAUGUGGCAUGCUGAUGCUUUGGACUACAGUGAUGACAAAAUGGCACAGAAACAGACCAAGGAAAUGUGGGAUGCCCUCCCCCAUCAAUCGCAUGGAGUAACUUUGGAAUAACUCGCCCAAAUAACUCACUUGGGGUAAUGCAUCUAAAUAACUCACUUUGAGUAAUUCACCUGAAUAACUCACUUGGGGUUAAUGCACAUCUCUAAAUAACUCACUUGGGGUAACUGAUCAGAAUAACUUGCUUGGGGUAAUGCAUCUAAAAACUUACUUUGAUUAACUCUUCUGGGGUGAUUAACCUGGGAAAAUGAACCAUAUUCCUAGUAACUUAUCCAGAAUAACAAACCUUGGUGGUAUCACUUGUUGUAACUCGCCUGAGAUAACUCAUCUGGGAUAAUUCAUAUGGAGUGAUGCACCGGGUUACUCACCUGGAGUAACCAAUCUUAGAUAACUCACUAAUACUACACCUGAAUAACUUGCAUGGUGUAACACCUUGUGUACUUGCACGUGCUGUAAUUCCCCCACAAUAACUCGUCUGUCUUAAUGCACCUAGAACGCCUCUACAGCAACACUCCUUGAAUGACUCUCGUUGGAACUGACUUUUAAUAAGACACCAGAUAUUAAUUCAACAGUUCAGAAGGGGCUCAGUAUCUCUGUUGUAUUUUUAAUCCAGUACAAUGUUUUUAUCAACAUUUUGCAGCCUGUGUGCUUGCAUAAAUAAAACUUUUAAUAGAUGUUAGUUUUUGGGACCAUGCCAAAAUAAUGAUCUAUCAAAAGUUUAAUUUUUUACUUGUUGAUUCUGUGAAAAUAUUAAAAUUAUCAAUUUGUUACGACGUGUAUAUUUAUAAUAAUGAACCACAAUCUACAAAAUGUAUAGAGAUAAGUUCAUUUCAUAUUAACGGCUUCCAUCGAGUUCUGGUCAAAUCGUUUUUAGUCUUUUACGUAAUGACAUAGCGCUGUGACGAAAUUUGAUAUAUUAGGGUCUGUGUAUGAACAUGUUAGCAGUGAUUUUAUACUACAAUUACAAGAGUAAAUUUUGUUAUUUUAUAAUAAUAAUACUUUAUUCAUGAAAGGUCAAAUUACACAAACUAGAAACAUCAAUAUACAGCGUUUAUUAUUGCGAUCAAGUCAUCAGACAUAUGAGCUUUAAUCCUUAUUCUGCCAGCUCCAUUGCGAUGAUUUAUAGCUUUCAAACAGUGAAAUAGAUGUAUACCAUGUUUUAGAUGUACUAUGGUGAUAUUGUAUGAUAUUUUUGUAGCUAUAGAAUGAAAUAUUUUUAAUUAUUGAAAACAAAAAAUUUAAGAACCAAAUCAUUAUCUUCAAAUGUCCAACUUAAGAAUUCAAAUUGACUUGCUCACUUUGAAUUGUAAAUGAGGCACCGUCCAUCACUUUGUAGGCGCAAGAGCUAUCAAAUUGGUUAUUUGCUUUUUAAGUCAAUAAUUUACUUUCUUAUCAAGCAUAUAAAUUACCAUAUACUAGUUGUCACUUAAUCAUAGAAUAUGGUUGCAGUGGCAUAAUGCAGUAUACUGUGUAAAGCACUUAAUUGUUGCUUCUAGAAACGUUUGCGGUUUUAAGCAUUCGUGCAGAUAAAACUGCGAAAAUCACCGACACUUAUUCACUGCUACAAUUUUACAGAUUUUACACAAAAUUCGCAUAACCUUUGUUCCUUACGAAAACAAAGUGGUUUGCAGUGUGUAUGGUCAUGCAUUUUGCAUGUUAAAAACUCCCACAAAAGUAAAAGGUUGUUUUUUUUUCUUUUAUUACAUGUAGUUGUAAGGUAAAAUUUCAGAACAUCGUGCAGAAUGAAUACUGCUGCUGUAAUUUUUCAGUGGGACUGCCAUGUAGAUGGACUUAUAGUAGAGAAUUCAGUCCACAUACUUGAAAGUAAGGUUUAUAUACCCAGCAUAGACCUGGUAAAUAUGUGGUGUUCAUAGCAAGCAUUGGCCUAGUAUACGGGCAGUGUAUAGCUAGUAUAGGCCUGGUAAAAAGUAAGGUGUUUAUAGCCAACUAUUGCUGAUAAAAAACAAAGUGUUUAUGACUUGAUAUAUACAUUGUAAUAAAACCAGGAAUGUUGAUAUUUUUAUGAAAUAAAUUAUGUAAUAACGCUUUA